AUGCUUGUAGAACACAACCCAGGAACACAAACAAAAAUUGAACCCGAUACAAAUGGUGGUUUUUUGUAUUAUUUUUUUGCGUUGGGCGUAUCAUUACAAGGAUUCAAGUCUUGGUGUAGACCCGCAUUUGCUGUGUAUGGUAUGCAUCUAAGUGGGGAACGCAUAGGAACUCUACUUUCGGCAAUUGGGUAUGAUGCCAAUGGAAAAAUGUACCUUAUUGCGUUUUCCAUCGUUGAUUAUGAGAACGGUGAUUCCUGUUUAUGGUUCAUGCAAAAGUUAUUCAAUGCGCUUAGUCACGAGUAUUACGUGAGAAAGGAUCUAGUUGUGUGUUCAGACAGAUCGGCAGGCUUCGAAUCAACGAUUUCGGAAGUGUUUCCUGAAGCAUGCCAUGUGUACUGCGCAUACCAUAUUAAAGGGAAUAUCAUCAGGAGGUACCACAACUUCGCCGCUGCUAAGGCAUUUAUGAGAGCUGCGCAAGCGUACACUGUAGAUGGUUAUCGGAGGGCUAUGCUACAAGUCAAAAAGGAUAAGGCAGUUUUUUCUUAUGUGCAGGAACUUCAUCCAAGGCAUUGGGCUAGGGUGAAAUCCAAGAGAGCCCGUUAUACUCUCAUGACAACAAACAUCUGUGAGAGUUGGAAUAACCUACUUUUGAAGGCUAGAGAUCUCCCUAUAACCCAUUUAGUGGAUUUCAUUCGAACAGAGCUGAUGGGAGGGUUGGAUUGCAGGCUUGCAUCCGUAGUGUUAGCUGGAGAAGUUGGAUUGCAGGUACCCAAUGUUGGCGCGGUGGUCAAUCAGCCAACUGCAACAGCGCCAGCCCCAGCCCCAGCCAAAGCAUAG